AUGUCCGCCGCAAUACCUUCAGUCGCCUGCCUCGGCGUCAUCGGGCGCAACAACAACCCCCUACACAUCUCCAUCUUCCCGUCCUACGACCCCCUAGCAAACGCCUUCACGCCGAUCCGGAACCCCCUCCAGUUCUCGCUCCUCCUCUCCUCCACCAUCGACGUCUUCGACCUCCGAUCCAAGAACAGCACCGCCUCGGGCGACUUUGGCCUGCUGCACGCCAUCGACGACCGCCUCGCGGCGUACGGCUUCGAGACCAACACGGGCGUGCGCAUGGUCUGCAUCGUGGACAUGCGCGGGCGGCGCGUCGAGGCGGGCGGCAGCGGCGUCGGCCCGAGCGCUGCUGCUGCCCUGGGAACUGGCGGCGGCGCCGCCAUCGUGGGCGCGGGGCUGCGGGACGCGGAGCUCAAGCCCGUGUUCAGGGCGAUGCAGAGCGCGUAUGUGAGGCUCCUGCAGAAUCCGUUUUACGACCCGGACGAGCAUGCGCCGCUGGGGGGCAAGGGGGGAAAGAGGAUCACGAGCAAGAAGUUUGGGGACGCGAUGAAGAGGAUAGGGGAGGCGUGGACGCCUGGUGUCAUGGCUUUGUGA